AUGGAUGAGUUGAAUGAAGUUGGACAGCUCUUGCUGAUUCACACACAGAAAACAUUACAACUUCUUGACGAUUGCAUAAAUACACAGCGAAGUCGUUUUGAUGGCCGAAAUCGGAACGACGGAAACCUAGGCGAAUUCCAGAGUGGUCUUCAGUGCUAUUACACGUAUUUGGGGCAGCUCAACUCUCUGUAUUGCAAGACCCUGGAACUUGGCAGUCGUGAUGCAGACCAGGAGCCCAGUCAGGCCGCUGUGCGCGAGCUGAUAUCUGAUUUCGAGGCAGCAACAGCCAGAUUGAAUGCCCAGACCUCUAGUAAUCAAGAUCAUGGGCUCUCGCCUGGGUCUGUCGCGUCCUUCGAGCCUAGACCGCUCAAAAUCAUCCAGCGAAAAUUUCAGCAACAUCAACAGUCACCCACAAAAGCUAAAUCAGGACAUAGCAUCCUCCCGACGGGAUCGCGUCGCUUAAGUGACAGCAGCAUAAUAAGCACCAAACUGCGAACUUAUUCUGGUCCUAUUCUGUCAGAGCCCGGUUCUGCAAGUCCUCGAGCGCUGGUGUCUGAAAAGACAGAUAUGCGUGUCCUUAGGGGUGCCAAAUCUUGCGACACUGGCCUCAACAAGCAGAGCAAUCCUCAUGAAAACAGACUCAGUUUUUUUCGAGAUCGGCAGCGACUGUCAAUCUCAUUCUUCGAGGACGAUGAGUACUCGUCAGACGAAGAAACAGUAAUAUCGCCUAGCCCAGCGGCUUCGCCAUUUCUUACAGAGAGCAACUUCAAAAAGCACAGUUCAGAAUUGCUGCGAAAUUUAGCUUUCGAAAAAAGCCCAAAGGCGCGACCUCAUUAUCACUCAGAGACGAUAAAUGCACCUUCGUUUUCGCGCCUACUUCCGCCCAGACAGCCCAUUGUGCAGUGUGGAAUCACUUCCAUCGAUUACAUUCCUCAGUUUCAUGGACAAGUGACAACUUCCAACAGUCAUGGGUCCAGAGCAUUGUUGGCCAAGUACGCGCUGUCAGACCCCAAAAAACCCAAGAUCGCCAGGAAACUGGAUGAUAAACAGAAAACCAAAUUUUUCGGCUCAUUUAGAGCCUUCAACAACCAAGUGCUGGUCACUUCGGAGACAGGGCUCGAAAAUUCUAGCGAAGCUUCAACCACGAAGUUCAUCAGGCAGGUAAGAAAGCCGCAAGAGGCCGUAAGGCCAACAUAUUCUUCUGGUAGCAUACUAGUUCACGGCUCAAGCGGCUCCCGAUUCAUCACCCCACCAUGUCCAGCAGAGCUGCAUUUCAAGGUAUCUCAUGAUGCUUUACGGGAGGCUUUGAAUACUGAUUUAAAUACCUAA